ACUGUAUUUACUUGAACAUAAGAUGAUUUUGCAUAUAGAACAAGAUGUAAGUUUAAAGAUCAAAAUAAAGAAAAUUAGAUAUAUUAAUACAAUUCUAAUUUUAUUUCAUUUAAUCACAAAUAAAAUAUUAUCAAAUGCACGUAAAUGCACACAUUGUCCCGUAAAAAUUACUAGCAUUUUAAACUUUAAGGAAAAAUCUUUAAAAUCGACGACAUAAUUUGUAAAUGUAAAGCUGGACAGUCGAGAAUCUAUUUUGCCAAUUCUUAACAGUCAAAUCCACUCUCUGUCAAUUACACUUACAAGUUUCUCCAAAUUCUGAUUUCUGAAUAAUCAUCUGGGCCGUGUUCAGUAACGCAGAACAACUAAGAAUUCUGAGUGGCUUAGUAAGCAGAGCUAAGAAUGUUCUGACUAAGACCUUGUGACAAGUGAGCAUCAUUGAACGACUAUUCUUUGUUAGACAGCUAGGUAAAAUGGCGGACGAAGUGAAAAUUAUUAUUGCAACAAUUGUCGCAAACGAACUAGCCGAAACCGAUGAAAUAACGAAUACAAUUAUUCAAAUGGAAGGUACGUCAGAUCUUGACGAAAUGAAUGAAGUAAUUAUUAAUUUUAAUCAAAGAAAUGGACUAUUAUCGUCCGUUAAAAUGUAUUCGAAAUCUACUAUACCAACGUAUGAUGAUUUCACAUUCCGAAGUCAUUUUAGAAUGAGUAGACAUUCAAUCCAAAAACUUCUAGAAUUUGUUCAAGACGAUCUUCAAACUUCUGAAACAGAUGGCGUAGGGAAGAAUUUAACAACAAUCCCAGUUAUUAAAAAAAUUCUCAUAACUGUAUGGUAUCUUGCCAAUCAAGAAAGUUAUAGACAAAUUGCGGAUAGAUUUGGGGUAUGGAAAAGUACUGCUCAUUAUAUAAUUUCUGCUACUAUUAAGGCAAUUGCAUCACAUCAGCACGAUUUCAUACAAUGGCCAGAAUCUCAUCAAUACAAGUCAAUUGCAAAUGAUUUUGAAUCAAAAAGACACUUUCCAGGAGUUAUAGGUGCCAUAGAUGGUACAUAUAUACACUGCAAACCUCCAAUGAAUGAUCGAGCAGGUUCUACACAUGAUGCUCGUGUAUUUCGCAUCAGUCCUCUUGGUCAAAGAUUAGCAAAUGAUCCUAACUUUAUACCCUCAGAUUACCAUUUACUUGGUGAUUCUGCUUAUCCAUGUACAGUUAAUUUAUUGACACCUUUUAGAGACAAUGGUCAUUUAUCUCCACAAGAAAAACAUUACAAUUAUGUACACAGCUCAACGCGUGUAGUUAUUGAACAAGCAUUUGGUAUUUUAAAGGCAAAAUUUCGCAGACUUAAAUAUAUAGACAAAACACGCAUUGACUUAGUC